AUGCGAACGGAGGUCUUCGUGCCAAUUACAGAUGACGUCCAGGCCAAGGACGUGACAGUUGACAUCAGGCGCUCUCACCUGUCGGUGCGCGUGAAAGAUCAGCUGCCUCUGGAGGGCCAGCUGUGGAAAGACAUUCGGGCAGACGAGUCGGGCUGGCUGAUUGACAAGGAGGCGAACCAACGAUGCAUUAUCGUUACGCUCAUCAAGCGUGAUGCAGGGCGCCUAUGA